AUGACCAACGCUGAAGAACGCGCUCGACAGUUGGUAUCCGAAGCUGAGAAAAAACUGUCUCCCAAGGGUUUUUUCCAGUCACUUUUCGGCUCUAACAGAAACCGCACUGAAGACGCAAUCGAAUGCUAUCAAAAAGCCGGAAAUUUAUUCAAACUUGCGAAAAACUGGCUCCAGGCGAGCACAGCUUUCCGAAUGGCCGGCGAUUUGAACUUGGAACAAAACAACCGGUGUGAAGCAGCCAACGAUUUUGUUUUUGCAGCCAAAUGUUUAGAUAAAUAUGACACAAACGGCGCRGUAAAAUUCCUACUAAAAGCUAUACAGAUUUACACCGACUUGGGCCGGUUUAUAAUGGCCGCGAAGCUGCACAAUAGCAUCGGUGAAAUUUACGAACAAAAUCUGGAACUUGAAAACGCGAUUCAACAUUACGAGCAAGCGGCUGAUUAUUACAAAGUCGAGGAGAAUUUCAUCUCUGCAAAAAAGUGUCUUUUGAAAGUUGCAGAAUACGCCUCGUCGGACUUUCACGAUUACGACAAAGCCAUAAACAUAUUCCAAGAAGUUGCUUUCUUUGAUUUGAAAACUCCAAUUUUGCAUUACAAUGUGAAGGAUAGUCUAUGUAAAGCCGGUUUGUGUCACUUGUGCGUGGACUCUCUAAACGCAAAACUUGCUCUUGAUUCAUAUUUUGCGAAAUACCCCGACUUUCAAAACACCGCACAAUUUGAGUUUUUGAAAAAAAUCAUUGAAUGUGUUGAAGAGGCAGACGAGGAGGCGUUUAACAAAGCUAUCGUAAACUAUGACAACCUUCACCGUUUGGACACUUGGCACACGAAAAUUUUGUUAAAAAUUAGAAAACAAAUAAAAGGACAACCUAAUCUCUUAUAA